AUGGUACCUGAAUACAAGCAUGUGAACGAAGCCAAUGUGUCUAUUUUGAAGCAUGCACAGGUGCAAUUGACAAUUACACCAUACAGAGCCAAGCACCGGAGUUGCUUCAGGCACCUUUUGGCCAAUGUAUUCAACAGCAGUAAUCCGAAUCAAAACCCUUUCGAGGACUCAUCCGAGCCAGGAUUGGGCUCGUCUCGAUUUGAUUACGACGCACAAUAUCAACAACCACAACCACAACCACAACCACACCAACAAAGGAACCUCUUAGACUUGCAACAGAACCAACAUCAAACGUUUUCGAAUACGACAUCUUCCUCUACCUUACAGCAGCAAUCCGAGUUGACUACACCCGCUUACAUACAUCAAGGAUCGCAUCAGCAAAUAAAACGAGGUGAUUCAUCGUUUGCUCUCGACGAAGGUUCAUUCUAUGAUGAUUCAGUUAUACUCCAAGACGACGAUGAUAAUUUGCAGUUACUGACAAACAAAAGCCCUAUUGCCGGUCGCAGUAGACAACAGCAACAGCAGCAAGCAUCAGCCCCAUCACACACGGACACGAUAACUCUGCACCGAGCCACAUCACAGCCUCAAGUGACCCGAAAAAGAAAGAGUUUCAAUAUCAAAGAUACCAUCAAUGGAUUAUUAGGGAAGACAAAUGCUGCUUCCGGUACCGCUGGAGAAGGUGGUGAGCGCAUCAUCCAUCUCAACAAUCCAGAACUAAACGAUCAGCAAAAGUUUCUCCAUAACCGUGUGUUUACUGCAAAAUAUACAGCAUUCACCUUUUUGCCUAAAUUUCUGUAUGAGGAGUUUUCCAAAUAUGCUAACCUUUUCUUUUUGUUUAUUUCUGGAAUUCAGCAAAUCCCCGGUAUUUCACCUACUAGCAGAUAUACCACACUUGUGCCUUUGGUCAUUGUAUUAUUCAUUACUGCUGUAAAGGAAGUGAUUGAGGAUUGGGGCGUGCAUCGAUCUGACGCAGAACUCAAUGCCAGAAAAUGUAAGGUUCUGGAAGGUACACAGUUUGUUGAGAAGGCUUGGCGUGAUAUCAAGGUCGGAGAUGUCCUUCGUGUAGAAAGUGGAGAGAACUUUCCCGCAGAUUUGAUUUUGAUUAGCAGUUCAGAACCUGAAGGCCUUUGUUAUAUCGAAACCAGUAACUUGGAUGGCGAAGUCAAUCUUAAAAUCAAGCAAGCAUUGUCACAGACAUCGUCCAUUUUGAAUCCUAUGGAUAUGAAGCAAUUGCAAGGCACCAUUCGCAGUGAACAGCCCAACAACCGUUUGUACAACUAUGAUGGUGUAUUUUCUACUAGUUCCAUGAAUGAAGUGGGUAAAUCCCGAGACUAUGCUUUAGACCCCACUCAGCUAUUACUGCGUGGUGCUCAACUUCGCAAUACACUUUGGAUCUACGGCGUUGUUGUGUUUACAGGCCAUGAAACCAAGCUCAUGUUAAAUUCAAGCAAAAAACCCUCCAAGGUAUCCAAUGUAACACGUAUUACCAAUAGAAACAUCUUGUAUCUGUUCGCCAUUUUAGUAGUGAUGAGUGUUGCUUGUGCUGUAGGUGGUCUCAUUUUUACCAUUACCAAAAGUGGAUACGUUGAGGGAUAUUUGAUGUUGGGUGCUGGACUCUCUCGCGCUCAAGCUUUUGGAUACGAUAUCCUCACCUUCCUGAUUUUGUUCAACAGUUUCAUCCCUAUCAGUUUGAUGGUUACCAUGGAGAUUGUCAAAUUCGUGCUUUCUUUCUUGAUUCAGUCUGAUUUGGACAUGUAUUACGACACGACAGACACGGCUGCAGUUGCUCGCAGUAGUAGUUUGAUUGAAGAACUGGGACAAGUCAAGUUUGUUUUCUCGGACAAGACGGGUACUUUGACAUGCAAUGAGAUGCAGUUCCGCGAAUGCUCAAUUGCAGGUAUCUCUUAUGCGGAGAAGGUGGAAUCAGACAAACAAGCAAGAGAUGGCGUGGACGAUCCUACGCUACAAUACAACUUCACUCAGCUCCAAGAUCACUUGAAAACACAUCCCACUGCAAAUGUCAUCAACGAGUUCUUGACUUUAUUGGCCACUUGUCAUACGGUUAUCCCCGAAGCACAAGAAGAUUCGGAUGAAAUCACUUAUCAAGCCUCGUCUCCCGAUGAAGGUGCCUUGGUAAAGGGUGCUAGCGAUCUCAAGUUCAAGUUCCACACGCGUAAACCAAAUUCAAUCACCUGUACUCAAAGAGGCCAAGAAUGCGAAUACCAAGUGCUUAAUGUCUGUGAAUUCAAUUCCACUCGCAAACGUAUGUCUGCCAUUAUCCGUGGCCCUGAUGGCAAUAUCAAAUUGUAUUGUAAAGGUGCUGAUUCCGUCAUUUUGGAGAGAUUAUCAGAGAAUAACCCCUUUGUUGAGAAUACACUGAUCCAUCUCGAGGAAUUUGCUUCUGAAGGCCUCCGUACUCUUUGUAUUGCUAUGCGUGAGAUCCCUGAAGAUGAAUACGCCAGAUGGUCUCAAAUUUACGACAAGGCAGCUACUACACUGGUGGAUCGUGCCGAUGAGCUGGACAAGGCUGCUGAGAUGAUUGAACAAAACUUAUUCUUACUGGGUGCUACAGCUAUCGAGGACAAGUUACAAGAUGGCGUACCUGAUACUAUUCAUACAUUGCAAGAAGCUGGUAUUAAGGUCUGGGUUUUGACGGGUGAUCGACAGGAGACUGCCAUCAACAUUGGCUAUUCAUGCAAACUGCUGAAUGAAGAGAUGAGUUUGAUUGUUUGCAACAUGGACAGCCAUUGGGAAACAAAGAGUUUCUUGGAGUCAAAAUUGAAGGAUAUUCAGGGCGCUAUUGAGCGUGGAGAAGACUUGGAGCCUUUGGCAUUUGUCAUUGAUGGCAAAGCUUUGACAUUUGCAUUGGAAAAGGACAUUGAGAAAUUGUUGUUUGAUCUGACUGUCUUGUGUAAGGCUGUGAUCUGCUGCCGAGUGUCCCCGCUUCAAAAGGCUUUGGUAGUGAAACUUGUAAAGAAAUAUGACAAAUCCAUUCUGCUAGCCAUUGGCGAUGGUGCCAACGAUGUGUCCAUGAUUCAGGCGGCUCACGUGGGUGUAGGUAUUAGUGGUGUUGAAGGUCUCCAGGCAGCUCGUAGCGCAGAUUUCGCCAUCUCUCAAUUUAGAUUCCUCAAGAAGUUGCUGUUGGUACACGGCUCAUGGGCAUACCAACGCUUGAGUAAGAUGAUUUUCUACUACUUUUACAAGAAUGUAGCCAUGUAUUUGACACAAUUUUGGUAUGCUUUCUACAAUGGGUUUUCGGGAUCUACCUUGUACGAGUCUUGGACAAUGUCUUGCUUCAAUGUCAUUUUCACCUUUUUGCCUCCACUGUGUAUCGGUAUUUUUGACCAAUUUGUAUCUGCAAGAAUGCUGGAUAAGUAUCCUCAAAUGUACAUGCUUGGGCAGACAAACGAAUUCUUCAAUCAAAAGAAGUUUUGGGGCUGGUUUGGCAAUGCGGUAUUCCAUUCUCUGAUCUUAUUCUUUCUCGGUGUGGGCAUGCUGAGCACAGACGGCGUGUUUGGAAAUGGCCUCGUCGGGGGUCAAUGGUGGGCAGGUACAGCAGUAUUUACUGCCGUAUUGGGCUGUAUCUUGUGGAAGGGUGCCUUGAUUACAGAUAUUUGGACCAAAUAUACCGUCAUUGCUAUUCCUGGAUCGAUGCUGGUUUGGUUUAUUUAUUUGCCAGUUGUCGCGUUUAUUGGACCCGCUAUCUCAGUAGAUGUGUUCCCAGAAUAUUAUGGCAUUGUCCCAAUGCUCUGGGGAAAUGUCAAUUUCUGGCUGUUUGUCCUGCUGGUGCCUUUUGUCUGCAAUUUGCGUGAUUUCUUUUGGAAAUAUGCAAAGAGAAUGUAUCGUCCUCUUCCUUACCAUUUUGUCCAGGAAAUUCAAAAGUACAAUUUGCCUGAUUACAGACCCCGUAUGGAUCGUUUCAGGCAAGCAGUGAAUAAGGUCCGUCGUAUACAGCGUCUCAAGAGAAAUCGUGGCUAUGCUUUCUCCCAAAACGAUAGUGAUCAAACCAAAAUUAUCCGUGUUUAUGAUACCACUCAACAAAAACCUCAAGGUUAA